GUCCCUUUUAACUCCUCCAUCAAGCUUCUCAUAUCUUCUGCAUCCAUCCCAAGUUGAGUCAUUGAAGGCACCAGGAAACAUGGCAAGCGAAGCACCAAGUUGGGCUGAUCAAUGGGGUGCUGGUGGUAUUGGUGCCAUGGAAGAUGAUGACACUAGAUCCCAAAAAGACACCGGCAAGAACAAGAAUUCAGGUGCUAAGGGUGGUUUCAGCAAAGUCAAAGCAACUGCCUCUAAUUGUGUCAAAUGGAUAAAAAGCCUGUGCAAGAGAAAGAGUACAUCCAAGUGA